UCUCUCUCUCUCUCUCUCUCUCUCUCUCUCUACUCCAAAGGUACCAGUAUUUUUUGCAGAUUAAGCAGGACAUCCUCAGUGGGAGACUGCCCUGUCCACACAACACUGCCGCACUACUGGCCUCCUACGCUGUUCAGUCCGAGCUGGGGGACUACAGGGAGGCGGAGAACUCACCCAGUUACCUGUCUGAGUUCUGCUUCAUCUCUAACCAGCCGCAGGGCUUCGAGAAAGAAGUGGCCAAGCAUCACCAGCAGCACAGCGGAUUAAACCCGGCCGAGUCCGAGCUGAAUUACCUAAACACAGCUCGCACGCUAGAGCUCUACGGAGUGGAGCUGCACUAUGCAAGGGAUCAAAGGAACAUGGACAUUUUCAUGGGGGUCAUGUCAUCUGGAGUAGGCGUUUAUAAGAACAGGGUACGAAUCAACUACUUUCCCUGGCUGAAAAUUGUGAAAAUCUCAUUUAAAUGCAAGCAGUUUUUCAUCCAGCUGAGAAAGGAAGCGAACGAGACACGAGAGACGUUACUCGGCUUCAACAUGGUGAACUACAGAUCCUGUAAGAACCUGUGGAAGACCUGCGUAGAGCAUCACACCUUCUUUCGGCUGGACCAGCCCGUACCUCCUCAGAAGAACUUCUUCACGCACUACUUCAGCUUGGGUUCAAAAUUCCGCUACUCUGGAAGAACAGAAGCGCAGUCCGUGCAGUACGGCAAGGAGAAGGGAAUCAAGGACCGGGUGUUUGCCAGAUCUCCCAGCAGGCCUCUGGCUAGGAGGUUGAUGGGUGUGAGCGACUGGGAGACGGUGAGCAGGAACUCCGAGUCUGAGGAGAGGCUGGAGACCCGGAGCCUCCCCACCCGCUCUCCACCCGGCACCCCUAACCACAGGAAUUCUCUGUUCGUAAAAGACGUUCCCCGGCAGCGGCCGUCUUCCAUGGGACAUUUAGUGGAUCAUGUGAUUCACGCUUCUCCCAGCCUGCCUGCCUUCACCAACCACAAAUCAGCCUCAUCCACCCAAACCAACAGCAUCAGCCUGGACUCCACACUCUCUCCCGAAUGUGUCGAAGGGCCACCUCCGGCCCUGCCGCCCAAACAGUCCAGGAAGAACCUGAGUCAGCUCAUCCUCUCACGCUCUCAGCAGGAGCUGGACAACCACAUCAACGAGAUGUACGAUGUCCCGAUGGCGACAGACAAGACAGCGCCCAACGGCGUGGUUCCUCACGAUAACCUCGUCCUGAUCAAGAUGAAUCCGGAUGAAAACGGCAGAUUUGGGUUUAACGUUACGGGGGGCUAUGAUCAGAAGAUGCCCAUCAUCGUGUCUCGAGUGGCUCCAGGAACAUCAGCUGAUCUGUGUGUGCCGCGGCUGAACGAGGGCGAUCAGGUCGUUAUGAUAAACGGCCGUGAUGUUUCUGAGCACACACACGACCAGGUGGUCAUGUCCAUCAAGUCCAGCUGUGAAAGCCACUCAGGGGAGCUCAUCCUGCUGGUCAGGCCCAACGCAAUCUACGACGUGGUGGAGGAGAAGCUGGAGACGGAGCCCGAUUUCCAGUACAUCCCGGCCAAAUCGCCCUCGGACCCUUCAGAGCUGGAUCGGGACGCCUGGAGAGACUCCAUGCAGCAGCUGAAAGAAGGCCUGAGCAGUGGAGCUCUGCUCGCUCAGUUCGAUCAACUCUACCGUAAAAGGCCUGGAAUGACCAUGUCGUGUGCCAAGUUACCGCAGAACAUCUCCAAAAACCGCUACAGAGACAUCUCGCCUUACGACGCCACGCGCGUCAUAUUGAAAGGCACGGACGACUACAUCAACGCAAACUACAUCAAUAUGGAAAUUCCCGCGUCCAGUAUCAUCAACCGAUAUAUCGCCUGCCAGGGGCCGUUACCCAACACGUGCACCGACUUCUGGCAGAUGACAUGGGAGCAGGGCUCCUCCAUGGUGGUCAUGCUCACCACUCAGGUGGAGCGAGGCCGGGUGAAGUGUCAUCAGUACUGGCCUCAUCCCUCAGGUACCGCCGCCUUCGGUGGCUUUCAGCUCUCCUGUCAUACCGAGGAGGGAAACUCUGCGUUCUUGGUUCGAGACAUGACCCUUAUUCACACGGAGACAGAAGAAAGCAGGGAGUUGACUCAGAUCCAGUACUUGGCCUGGCCAGACCACGGCGUGCCAGACGACUCUACAGACUUCCUGGACUUUGUCACUCUGGUGCGGAGUAAAAGAGCGAGAAAAGACGAGCCGGUUGUCGUCCACUGCAGUGCUGGGAUUGGCCGGACGGGAGUGCUCAUCACCAUGGAGACAGCGAUGUGUCUAAUGGAGUGCAGCCAGCCCGUGUAUCCGUUGGACAUCGUGAGAACCAUGAGGGACCAGCGAGCCAUGAUGAUCCAGACCCCUAGCCAGUUCAAGUUUGUGUGUGAGGCCAUCCUGAAGGUGUACGAGGAGAACCUGGCCAAGUCCACGCUCUACAAGUCUGACUAACAGGGACACCAGCUUCCACCAUCACGUCACCAAGCUUCACCCGUCCAUCCCCGGGACCAGCACCGCUGCAGGGCCUUGAAGAAGUGUGCUGUACAGAACCUUCUGUUAUCACACAAUGAUCUCAGGUUCAUCUCGACUCCAAGCACGUGGUGCUUUAAUGCCUUGAAGAGCGUGAGGGAUAAAUCAUCACGCUUUAGGUCACAUUCAGAGUGUGAGAUCAUUUGAGUAAAGCACACGUCUUCACAGGGCUGUGUCCGGCGAGGGGACGUGUUGGACGAGAAGCCGUCCUGAGCUCAGAGCUUACAUGCUUACAUAGGACAUUUAAAACCAAGCACUUUUGCACUUUAAACUGGCAACUGAACAAUUCGCCAAGCUUCAUGAAAAACAAGGGAUGGGGGGGGGGGGGGGUGUUUGUCUGGUACUCUUGGAGAAUUGGAGUGUUCAGGGUUCAGAGAUUGCUGUGGUGCCGUAUAUCUUAGUACACGAGGGCAGGCCCAUGAGUGUGAUCCAUUUGCUGAUAGACAACAAAUUAUCCACAAUUUGCGUUUUUAAGUUCUAAUAAAGAUAUUUAUGGUGUUUUAGUUCCACUCUCCCACCUGUCCGGCCGACACGCCCGGGAUUACGUCGUUAUUCCCGACGAGGACAGCAAGCAUCUUGUUCAGCGUAGGUAACGAGUGCUUUUUAUUUAUUAGCGUCGUCGAUUUUAUUGGAGUCCAAACAGGCAGGAAUCCUAGAGCACUUUUGUUUCGUGUUACAAACCUCCUUGUUAUUUUUCUCCUCUCCUGUAAUCCUAUGUUGCUCGGCUCAAAUCUGAUGGUGUGAGACAGGGGGCCGGAGGGAGGGAGGGGGGCAAAGUCUCGUUUAACUUACAUCACUCAGAAGUUUUAAAGCUUAACACACAAAGCUGUCUUAACAAAAGAGUAAAGACUACUGUUGUUCGUGAAUGUGUGUGCCUGUGUGUGUGUUUGCCUGUGUGUGUGUUUGCCUGUGUGUGUGUUUGCCUGUGUGUGUGUGCCUGUGUGUGUGUGCCUGUGAGAGUGUGUGUGUGUGUGCCUAUGUGAGUGUGUGUGCCUGUGUGUGUGUGUG